AUGACGGAGUUGCCAGUAGUUAAAAGACGAAAGAAAAAUUAUGAGAUGCUUAAAGCACUCUAUGAUUUUAAUGCAACAUUUGCCAAAACCAUGAGCUUCCAUGAAAAUGACCAUUUUGUACUUUAUCAAAGCCAUACAAAACAAAGGAAUUGGUGGCAAGUGGUGAACAAGAAAGGCCAAGUUGGAUACAUACCAUCCAACUAUGUUACUACAAUCAAAGUAAAUCCUCAGUUUUUGUUAGACUUUCUUGAUGAAGCUAUAGAGACUUUGAGGACCAAUGGGGACAAGCCUAAUGUUUCACCCAACAUUGAUAAGCAGGAUUUGCUGUUAUGCUUGGUGGAAAAAAAACGUCAGGCCGAAUUAGGAAGAAAAACGAAAAAGCAAGCUCCAUUACCACCUGAUUUUGGUAGUACGACACCAAUCAAAGAAACUCCUGCUAGUUUUAAUAAUGCUGAAGAUAAUAGAUCUCCAGUUAAUAAUACAUCAAGAAAAAAUUCAGUGAGCGAUCAUAGAAGGCAAUCAGUUACUCCGUUAGAAUCUCAAAAUAGGUCUGAAGACACUCAAAGGAGAUACUCUAGUUCUAGUCAAAAACAAGAAAAUCAUAAAAAUGGUUCUCAAAAUAGUGUCCACGAUUCUCCGAAUCAAUCACCAGUGAAAAGCCGAUCCUCGAGUUUAGCGGAAAUCAAUCCAAAAACAGCUUACAUGCUUUUGGAUCAAGUACGCCAAAGUACCCAUCUCAGUUACGAAAUGUCCAAAGUAGCUGUUACAAUAGUCUUGAAUGGGCUUCAGGACAUAUUGCCACAAACAUUAAGCCAUUAUUUCGAUGCUAUUCUAUCUCAAUUGCAAGUGCCAUUAAGCUUAACGAAAUUGAACCUUGAAGAAACUUACGAUGCCAAUAGAUUGAAAAUUAUUUUUACGGAGUUAACUUCUUGUAAAGAAGAUUCACAGCAGAGGAGCUGGAUGCUGCAUGAGGAUGAACCUACUAUUUGUGAACACAUAAAAGAGCUUACUUCAAUUUUAACAAAUGCGGAUGCACGUGUAUCAAGACAUGUUUUAAGACAAGAUCAUUAUGAUGGAGUAGACACUCUCAUCCAAUAUUAUCAAAUGGAGACAAGAUGGACAAUUAGGCAACUUUUAUUGCAAUCUUUUGGAGUCAUGUGUACUUUGGAUCCUGUUAUAGUCACAAUUAUGCUAGAAAGCAUUUUGCCAAUGGAACUUGCAAGAGACAUGAAAAGUAACUCCAGGAACGUUACAAAACUUAAUUACUCGGCCUUACUAUUAACGAUGAUUUUUUCAAUGGGGGAACCAAUGCCAAUAACACAUUUUGAACAACUAGGUACGGAGUUUGUUACAUUUCUCUUGGAUCUUAUUGAAAAUCCCCCAGACACCGAUUUGGAAGAUCAAAUUCCCGAUUUAUUUAUAAAUCUCAUUCUAUCUUACAAUCUACAAUUCCAUCGUAACAUGGAGAAUGUUGUGUUGGAUGCAUUGAAACAACGUUCGGUAGCCAAAACAUUUACUGAGAAAAUUUUAUUUCUUCUCAAUCGGGAAGUUGACCCAGUUAGGAUAUUCGACCACGAACCCGCCCCACCCAAUUCAAUACUAAAACUUUUCAUUGACCUAUUUACCAGCGAUGAAACAGCUUCUCUUUUUUAUACUAAUGACAUCAAAAUUUUAAUCGACAUUAUUUUACGACAACUGUUUGACAUAUCUCCCGGUGAUAAAAGAAGACAAUAUCUGGAACUGUGUCGUAGGGUAUUAAAAACGGCAAAUUAUGAUGAGCAUCGACAUCGGUGCGAAGAUGUUUUAAAAUGUUUCACAAGAAUAUUUUGUGAAGAGAUGCCAGAAAGCCACGAGGAUCAGGACUUGGUUCGCGAGAUCAGUAACGAAUUUCCACACUUGUUUAAGAUGUGACCUUCGUCCCCGCCUAGCCUGGGCGAGGAAGAUAGAAAAAAAAGUGUCGAAGAAAACAUGGAAGAAAGUACCUAAGAAUCGCAUCGUAAAGAAGAAGCACAAAACAACGUCUGAUAAGUCGAAGUGACACUCUUUGCAAAGACGAUAUAAAUGCCGCACGAAAUUGUUUAAACGAACGCACACGCGUCUGCUAUCCGAUCCAAAGAAAGUUUUAAAAGUGAUUUUAAUAAAUAUUUUUUGGUCUAUGCUCCUCUGUAAACCUUUGGUUCGAUGAAAUGAGCGAAAAAAAAGGAUUUUUCUGUCUGUAGGGCAAGUAAAUCCAUUCUUAAUUUCAAAGAAAAAAAAAUUACUGUAAAUAACGAACGGAAAUCUAACACAAUAACAUAUGUUCCAUUCCUAAUAAGUAGAGGACCAGAAAAAAUUGUGAUUUAAUUGAAAAAUAUUAAUUCAAUUACUCUGUAAGUGAAUAUAAUUGUUGCUUAUGAGAUUUUUAAUAUAGAGACACUUUAAAGUUCAGAAAAGUCUAUUUCUGUGAUAUGAUGUCAUACAAGUUUGUUUUAAUAUUUAUUUUUUUACAAUUUUACAUGAAUAAAAUGAAAAUACGUAGAAAGCGUAUCAUUAUAUAUGUUCAUUGGUUUUAAUUGAUGAUUAAUAAAAAGCCGUCGCAUUACCUUAUCUGAAUAACGCCAUGAUUUUUAUGACUUUUCUUGAGGAAGAAAGAAAGAAAAAAAAUUAAAUGAUAAUAAAGAAUUUCAUUACCCAUACCUGUGAUUUUCUACAACUUUAAAGUGGCUUCAUCAUUUAAUUCUGGCGAGCACAUAACUCAAAAAUUCUGUCUAGUCUCAUCUCUGUAGUACAGAGUUUUACGCUUGCGUAGAUAGAUUUAUUACUAUACAUUGAAAAAUCGAGUAAUCGUAUAAUAAUGAGACGUUGAACACGUUAAGUUUGCAACUAUUUUAAAAUAAAUUCUUGAACCAUUGUGAUCUUUAACUGAAAUGUUGGACUAAUAAAGAGUCUAGAAAAAAAUGUCAAACUGUUUUUUUUUUUUUUUCCUUAAAUUCCUGAGCCAUUACACAUUAAAAAAAUGUAUUACAUUCAUACGUAAAUAAUUUAUUGUUUCAACUUGAAUUUUUGCAUUCAUUUUGUUUAACAAUGAUCGUUCUUAAUGUACAUGCGUAACACACAGAUUGUGAUUUACACAAUAUAAUUGUAUUCCAUCUCUCUUUUUCAUGCAAAUGAAAAUGAUAAAUGCCUGUAUGUGACGAUGCGUAUAUGUGUAUCUCGUAAAAAGAAAAACGGCGUGGUAUGCUUUUUACAGACUUUUAUUAAUAACAAUAAAAUACUGUCUAUGAAAAAAAAGAGAAAUUUUGCAGACACUGCGCAAGUUAAAAUGUUU